CUUUCAUGUUUCUCACCACCUAUUCAUGGUUGCUUCCCUUCCAAUCAAACCUAUAUGAGGACCCUUUAACAACCACAAUGCACUAGUUGGUGGCGCCAUCAUCAUAAUCUAUAUUCACUCUCCCUUUUGCUUCAACCCUGCAUUGACAUACACAUUUCACUCUCCACAACAACUACAAAACAAUAAACAAACAAACAAACAAAUAAAAAUCUCCUUGGUCAUCAGCUUAUUUUCUAAACAACUCAAUAUAUACAAUAAAUAGCUUCACAUUGCAUCACUAACCAUCUGAUACUCCGGCUUCUUGUCGUCAUGGCAGCUGCUUUCUUCACCGGCCCUCAUUUGCUUGCCACAGACAACAAUGACCAACAGCCACGGCGCGAAGAGAGAGGUGGAGGGGAUAAGAUAUGCCGGGUAUGUGAAGACGAGAUAGGUGUGAUGGACAAUGGACAAGUCUUUGUGGCGUGCAAUGAGUGCCGUUUCCCUGUGUGUAAGCCAUGUUACGAGUAUGAGAGAAGCGAAGGCAACCAGUGUUGCCCUCGCUGCAACACCCGCUAUAUGCGCUACAAAGGUUGUCCUAGAGUCGUGGGAGACGAUGAAGAUCAUUUUGAGGGGGAAGAAUUCGACCAAGAAUUUCAGACGACGAAGAAUCAUCCUCACUCGGUUGCUCUCAACACAUACACUUCUAUUUCAUCCACUAACAUACAUGAGAAUGGAGACUACCAUAACAAUCAGCUGCAUCAAAAUCGCGGUGGUUUUCAACUCAUUGCAGGAAGUGUGGCUGGCAGAGAUUUGGAAGACGAUCAUCAUCAGGAGGUUUUCACUAAUGACGAAUGGAGAGACAGAAUUGAGAAAUGGAAAACGAAGCAAGAAAAGAAGGGCCUGCAGAUCAUCAGGUUUGGUGAUGAUAAAGACGAUGAAGAUGGCGACGACUUUCUCAUGGCAGAAGCUAGGCAGCCACUGUGGAGAAAAAUCCCAAUUUCAUCUAGCCUGAUCAGUCCAUACAGGAUUGUCAUUCUGCUCAGGCUAAUCAUUCUCUGUUUCUUCUUCCACUUCCGCAUUUCGACCCCAGCCUAUGAUGCCUUCCCUUUAUGGAUCAUCUCAGUGAUAUGUGAGAUUUGGUUUGGGUUAUCGUGGAUUCUUGACCAGUUCCCAAAAUGGUUCCCUAUAAACCGCGAAACUUACCUGGAUCGCCUGUCAUUGAGGUUCGAACGCGAGGGCGAACCAAACACUGCGCUAGCACCGGUGGAUGUUUAUGUCAGUACAGUUGACCCACUUAAGGAACCUCCCAUCAUCACUGCCAACACUGUUCUGUCCAUCUUGGCUGUUGAUUAUCCUGUGGAGAAGGUCAGCUGCUACGUAUCAGAUGAUGGUGCUUCAAUGCUUCUUUUCGAUACCUUAGCAGAAACUGCUGAUUUCGCAAGGAGAUGGGUACCGUUCUGUAAGAAGUAUAGCAUCGAGCCAAGGGCUCCAGAGUUCUACUUCAAUCAGAAAAUUGACUACUUGAGAGAUAAAGUUCAGCCGACCUUUGUCAAGGAGCGCCGAGCAAUGAAGAGAGAGUACGAAGAAUACAAAGUAAGAAUAAAUGCAUUAGUGGCAAAGGCACAAAAGAAGCCAGAUGAGGGGUGGGUUAUGCAAGAUGGAACUCCAUGGCCUGGGAACAACACUAGGGACCAUCCUGGAAUGAUUCAGGUUUAUCUCGGAAGUGAGGGCGCUCUUGAUGUGGAAGGGAAGGAGCUUCCAAGACUUGUGUACGUUUCACGUGAAAAGCGACCUGGAUAUCAGCAUCACAAAAAAGCUGGUGCCAUGAAUGCUCUAGUUCGUGUAUCAGCAGUUCUAACCAAUGCACCCUUUAUGUUGAAUCUGGAUUGUGAUCACUACAUCAAUAACAGCAAGGCCAUUAGAGAAGCAAUGUGCUUCUUAAUGGACCCGCAGUUAGGAAAGAAGCUCUGCUAUGUGCAAUUCCCUCAGAGAUUUGAUGGCAUCGAUCGCCAUGAUCGAUAUGCUAACCGCAAUGUUGUGUUCUUUGAUAUCAAUAUGAAAGGAUUAGAUGGAAUUCAGGGACCUGUAUAUGUUGGGACUGGUUGUGUUUUCAACAGGCAGGCUUUGUAUGGUUAUGAUCCACCUGCUUCUGAGAAGCGGCCUAAGAUGACAUGUGACUGUUUUCCCAAAUGGUGCUGCUGCUGUUGUGGUGGUUCAAGAAAAACCAAGCCUAAGAAGAAAGGGCUCAAAGCUUUGUUAGGACUUGGAAAGAUUUUUAGUAAGAGCCAGAAAAUCAGGGGAAAGAACUACAAUAAGAAAUCAUCUGGACAGUUGUUCGAUCUUGAGGAAAUUGAGGAGGGUCUAGAGGGGUAUGACGAGCUCGAAAAAUCAUCCCUUAUGUCCCAAAAGAACUUUGAGAAAAGGUUCGGACAGUCUCCGGUUUUCAUCACUUCCACACUGAUGGAAGAUGGUGGCCUUCCCAAAGGGAUGAACCCAACAACACUAAUCAAAGAAGCCAUUCAUGUCAUCAGUUGCGGGUACGAAGAGAAGACUGAGUGGGGCAAAGAGAUUGGAUGGAUUUAUGGUUCGGUGACAGAAGAUAUCUUAACAGGGUUUAAGAUGCACUGCAGAGGGUGGAGGUCAGUGUACUGCUGCCCGAAGAGGGCAGCUUUUAAGGGAUCAGCUCCUAUAAAUCUAUCAGACAGGCUGCACCAAGUCCUGAGAUGGGCUCUUGGUUCCGUUGAGAUCUUCCUUAGCCGACAUUGCCCGCUGUGGUAUGCCUGGGGUGGCAAAUUGAAACUACUAGAAAGGCUUGCUUACAUUAACACCAUUGUUUACCCUUUCACUUCCAUUGCUCUCCUCGCUUACUGCACUCUUCCAGCUGUCUGCCUUCUCACUGGAAAAUUCAUUGUCCCAACUUUGAACAGCUUCGCUAGCAUAUGGUUCGUGGCACUAUUCAUGUCCAUCAUAGUGACGGGUGUUCUUGAACUGCGAUGGAGCGGAGUGAGCAUAGAGGACUGGUGGAGAAACGAGCAGUUCUGGGUGAUUGGCGGUGUCUCGGCACAUCUCUUUGCAGUGUUCCAAGGCCUUCUCAAAGUGCUUGCCGGCGUAGACACGAACUUCACAGUGACAGCAAAGGCUGCGGAUGACGCCGAGUUUGGGGAGCUCUACCUCUUCAAGUGGACCACUCUUCUCAUCCCACCAACCACUCUCAUAAUAUUGAACAUAGUGGGUGUUGUGGCUGGUGUCUCCGGUGCCAUCAACAACGGGUACGGAUCGUGGGGUCCGCUCUUUGGAAAGCUCUUCUUCGCCUUUUGGGUCAUUGUUCAUCUCUACCCAUUCCUCAAGGGGCUUAUGGGAAGACAGAACAGGACUCCUACCAUUGUUGUCCUCUGGUCAAUCCUUCUCGCAUCAAUCUUCUCGCUUGUUUGGGUCAGAAUUGAUCCCUUCUUGCCCAAACAGACAGGCCCUAUACUCAAACAGUGUGGGGUAGAGUGCUAAUUUCCCUUUCUUGUAUCUCUGCUAUGGUUUUUUUUUUUUGUCAAUUUUGCUAGAUGUUUCUGCUGGCAAUAAGAAAAGGGAAGCUCUGGU